UCUGCCUCUAGAAGUCGAUCGUGAUCGUGUGGCCCAGUCAGUUCCGCUCAAGCUCGAACCAACUCCAAUCUUGUGCCUCUCUGUCUGCCUGUGCCUGUGCCUGUGCCUGUCCAUCUAUCUGUCGUCUGUCAACUGUCGUCCGUCUUCCGUCGUUCGCUGUUCUCCAUUUAUAGUCGUCCAAUAUAUUUUUUUCUAGUUUAAGACGUGCGCGCUUAUAAUUCUUUUUGUUGGUUUCAAAUAACUUGGACAAGUUCAAUCUUUGUACAAACACACACACACACACACACACACACACAAACCAAGACAAAAUGAAGUACUUCAACAUCUGCCUGCUCUUCAUCAUCUGCGCCUUGUGCUAUGGCCUAGUGGCUGCCCAGGAGGAGGGCGGCUCCGGGUCCGUGUCGCCCGCCAAGAGAAUUGCCGCCCUCCGGCGACCCGUUGGCAAGGCGGCCAAGCCGACCACCACAACGACAGCGGCUCCGGCCCAGAACGAUGCCGGCGAGGGAGAGGAGUAUGACGAGGAGGCGGGUCUCGGUGACCAUGGCGAAGAGGGUGAUGAGGCGGCGGACUCCGCCAGCUCCACGACAACCACCAGCACAGAGGCACCCAAGAAGGUGGGACCUGUCAUCCGGCCCUUCCGCUCCAACGACGACUUCCUCAACUCGCUGAAGCGCCGCCAGCAGAACGCCAAGAAGCACCGUGCCGAGAAGGUUCCCGCCAGCAAGCCGGCCAGGAAGAGCGACGAGUCCGCCUCGGGCGAGCAGGAGGAUCAGGCUCCAGCUGCGGCACCAGCACCGGCCUCGACCCCAUCCAAGGGUUUCAAGGGCAAUUCGGCAUUGAGCCGGCGCAAGCUUUCCAAGCCGGCCAAGGCGACGCCCGAGCAGGCAGUCGAUGAUGCCGCCGCCGAAGAAUCGGAACAGCAGCAGAAGGAGGAGGCAAAACCGAAGCGUCCCAUCGGUCGCCUGGCCUUGAGGAAGCGCAACUGAAACGCUCGCUCCUGAUCCUCUCGUCCCUUUUCCUUUUCCUUUACCCAUGCCCCCGCCCGCCCCCGUCUCCACACUCCAUCAACACACCCACACUCAUGCCACAUAAGCCACACACCCACACAAACAUAUAAACACGCAUACAUACAUACAUACAUACAUAUAUGGCUAGCUAUAUGGCAGCCCGAUCUGCCUUUUAGUUUUUAGUUCACAAUUGUUUUUUUGUGUAUGUAUAAAAUAUUUGUAAUUAAUUAUUUUGUAAACGAGCCUCCUCUCCACACACAAACACAAGCGCACAUACACAUACCAACACGCACACACACACACACACACAUGAGAAACAAUACAAUCAAAUCCCUACCCCAUUCUCAAUGUUUAUCCAUAUACGCAUGUAUAUUCGCUGCAAUAUAUAUCCCGAUAUAUGUAUGAAUGUGCACAAUUAUGUAUUUUUCACGACCAUCCAUCAAGCAACCAACCAAUCAAUCAAUGAAUCAACCAGUAAUAAAAACAAGAAAUUUGAA